UUAACUAAACCUUCCACCACCUCUCUUCCUCAACCCUUCGACUCCUUUACACUCUCUGCUACUUCCCUAACAUGUCCUCCCCUCCCUCCACUCCCCAAGUCCAAAACCCUAAUUCCAAUUCCUCCCAAUGGCACAGCCCACAAGCCUCAAAUCUCACUCCAUGCAUUCCCAGUUCACACCAAAGUUCAUCCCCAAGUUGCCCUCAACUCCUCACGCCAUUCACAGCAGCACCAUCUCCUUCAAGGUCCUCUCCUGUCAAGCUGGAGAUUCGAGCCCCCGGAAGCCCCCCGCGAUCAUCUCGAUCCUCCGGAUGAUACCCGACUGGGCCGAUAGCGUGAAGGAGCAAGGGAUGCAGCGCAAACGGACCCUCUACAACCACGAGAGCUGGCUCCAACACCGGAGCUCGCAGCGCCAUGUCCGGCACUUGCUCUCGAGCUUGUCCUCGCGGGUGAUCCUCUCUCUGAUACCUCCGGUGAUGGCUUUCACUCUGGUGGCGGUUAUGGUCGCGAGUUAUAAUACCGCUGUGGCGAUGGAGUGGUUGCCGGAGUUUUUCCCGGUGCUGAGGACGUCAUCGUUGCCAUACCAGCUGACAGCACCGGCGCUGGCGCUCCUUUUGGUGUUUAGAACGGAGGCUUCGUAUUCGAGGUUCCAGGAAGGGAGGCAGGCUUGGGUGAAGGUGAUUGCAGGGGCUGAUGAUUUUGCGAGGCAGGUGAUCAGUACGGUGGAGAGCAACGAGGAUUCGGCACUGAAGAAGGCCCUUCUGGAGUAUAUCAUGGCGUUUCCCGUCGCACUUAAGUGUCAUGUUACUUAUGGCUCGGAUAUCGGUCGAGACCUUAGAAACCGAAUUGAAGGGGAUGAUCUAGCUGUGAUUCUCAAGUCAAAGCACCGGCCUCGCUGCAUUAUCGAGUUCAUUUCCCAAAGCCUCAGAUUGUUGAGCUUAGAGGAGUCGAAGAGACAUGUCCUGGAGUCAAAAAUAUCUUGCUUUCAUGAAGGAAUCAGCAUCUGCGAGCAACUAAUUGGCAUUCCAAUUCCUCUCUCCUACACCCGUUUGACCUCGAGGUUUCUGGUCCUUUGGCAUCUGACUCUUCCUGUCAUUCUUUGGGAUGAUUGCCACUGGAUUGUGGUUCCGGCCACUUUCAUCAGCGCCGCUUCCUUGUUCUGCAUUGAAGAAGUUGGUGUUCUUAUUGAAGAGCCAUUUCCAAUGUUAGCGCUCGAUGAGCUCUGCAAUCUAGUCCGCCAAAAUAUUCAGGAAGCAAUUCGUACCGAGAGAAUUAUUGGCAAGCGUCUUCUUGCAAAGAGGAAGAGCCCCAUCCAUGAGCAAUCACCUAAUGGUAGGCCAAAGCACCAAUCUGAAAGGAGAAACAGGAACGAAUAGUUUGUCAAAGUUGCCAUUACCUUGCCACUGGCACAUAAACGAUCAGCAUGAUUCCGGUAUCCAGAUAUGCACUUAUACUAUUGCCGCGAAGGAAGACAUAGAGCUGUUAUGAUGGAAUCUUGGGUACUUUAGCUGUCGGCCAUCUCAGCGCUAUGUCGUAUAUAUGCUGUUCACUCACUGAUGGGGGGAUCAUACUCUGCAUGACCGAUUGCAUUAGCCCGCCAUUGAUUCACCAUGUGAAUGGCGUCCAAGUCACCAGCAUCGGGUGAAGGAUCAUUACUUACCAAGUUUCCACUACAGAAGGAAUUUGGCACGAAACGCAGCAAAGGAUGAUCUUUCUUGUCUCUUAGUAUUUAGCAGUACCCGAAGAACACCAUCGUCAU